CGAUAACAUUACCACCGUCGAAGCUUCCUGCCCCCCUUCCAUCGGCUGAACAGCCCCGACGCGAUUAUCCAUAUAUCCUUUCUCUCCCUACCUCGAUCACCUCCACAUAGAAACAAUGGCUUCCGCCGCGCCCAGACGCAGAAAGGUCAUCGGUCAGCGUCGCAGGGUUGAGGACGAGGGUGAAGAGGAGGGCCCUGACACCCUGGACCUCGACGACGACUCGGUCACAGAAGCCUCCAUCGCAAGCGACGACCACGACCUCGCUGACAACGACAGCGACACUAGCAAUGUCGACGAGGUCUCUCCCUCCUCCCCCAAACUUCACAAGCAUGUCGGCAAUGGCGCCGCGAAAGCUGGAACCAGGCGCCGCGCAAGCGACACGGCUGUCGCCAAGUCUGGCGAGAAGCCCGUGACGGAUACGGAAAUCAUGCUACAUGGACUAUCACUGGCCGACAAGGAUGGCGAGGUUGAGGAAGUCGAUUUUGAUAAAGUUCAGCAUCAUGAGAAAGGCCCUGCUGCUAAGGACCCCGCGGCGCCUGUUGUCGUGAGCUCCAACUCUGUCGCAAAGCAGUCGCGCGUCCUCCCACACGAACAGAAACGGCGCUCGGAACAUGAAGAAUACCGGCGGAAGAGGGACGAAGACCCAACCUUUGUGCCCAACCGGGGUGCUUUCUUUUUACACGAUCAUCGUCAUGCUGGACCGGCCGCGAACGGCUUCCGCCCAUUUACUCGACCGGGCCGUGGAAGAGGUGGUGGACGAGGUGGUGGGCUUGUGGGCCCAUUCACUUCUGUAAACCCACCUAGUAACCCCUCCGAUCCCACGACGAGCGGGCCUUGGGCUCACGAUAUGCACGAAGAAGUCGCGGGCCCUCGCCCUCAACGACAGCAGCCACCCAGAUACAUGCCUGACGAUGAAGGUCCUCCGAAUGGAAACGGUGUCAUACACAACGCGCCACUGAGCAACACCCAUAUCAACCGGGCCAUGUCCUGCGUUAAGCCCCUUGGCAACGUGACCGUCCGCGUCUUCAUCCCCAACAUCGGCCUUGGGCCUAAAAGCUUCCCUAGCAUACCCUUGAAACAGUACACGAAGCUUCCCGAUCAUCGUCCGCCUCUACGAAGGGAUAAGCCCGUCAGGAUCUCCAUACCAUACCACAAUUUCCCUGUGAUGCCUCGCUAUAUCUUCCCGGCUAGCGAUAGAUCAUUCAUCUUCAUCCCGCGCGCUUUGCGCCCGAACAACCAGCGCGGUCGCGGCAAGGGCCCGCGUUCUGCCUAUGGUUCCAUUGGGGGCUUCUCUCGCAGGACUAGUGUGUUUGGCGGAAGCUUCUACGGCAGCGCCUAUUCACCUAGCAUUGCUAUGAGUCGACGAUCAUCGAUUGGCAGAGACUUUAUGAUGUCGCCGACGGGCUCUGUAAUCUCCCGGCCGCCCCUCCCUGUUGACGCCAAUAGACCCGUUGUCCGUCUGCCACCGCACGCACAGCAGCAGCCAACGAUGGUCGCAACCCAAAAUAUGCCCAUGAUGGAGCCGUCCAUCAACAACAUCCCACAGCCGCAAACCCAUCCUCUCCCACAAAAGCCUGCUUUCCAGGACAGCACUGGCACCGCUAUCCCCAUGUAUCAACCGCGUCCCCAGAAGUCUGUGUCGGUUGAAAACAUCGAGACGCCAGCGCACCCAACGGCUGCUGCACCUCCAGCUUAUCAACAAGCUUUCCAUCAGCAAGUUCCUCCUCAAUUGGAAUCGCAUGCUCGCAACCCAUCAUACCAGUCCCAGGUUUCGACGACUCCACUUUCACAGAUUCCCGAGCGAGCUAUCCAUGCCGCUCCAUUCCAGCCCAACACUUUCUCACAGCCCGGUUUCUACGCCCAGCCGGUGCAGAUGAUGCCUCCUCAGCAGGGAUACUAUUAUCCUCAGGGAAUGGGCACCGAUAUGCAGCCGAAUGCAGCGGCGCCCGCUUUUAUUCCUGGAGGGGUUCCGGUGCCUCAGCCUAUGGGAUACACAACAUCUGGGCCAGUUGACCCAGUAGCGGCCGCGAAUGCUCAGGCCAGUGGGCAAAACGGUGCCUCGCAAGGUCCUGUCGCCCAAGAAAUCAACGGUAUGGUGUACUAUUAUGAUCCGAACACGCUUCCUGCCAUGGUUACAUACCCCCAGUAUCCAGCUGCAGCGCCGGCCUAUGGAGGUCCUGGCGUGGUUGGGAUGGGAGGCAUGAUGGCUCCCGGGCCAGAUGCAUUCUACUAUCAACCGCCGCAGCCGGGAAUGGUUUACUACGCUCAAUAGGACGCGGCAUGGUGGCCUGAUGGUAGCUGAUCGGGUUGACAAGUGGAUGGCUGGGAUAUCUGGGAAGGGCUGCUCGAAUACCUGUCUGCUCAUGGAUGAUCGAAUGCUUCCAAAAAGGAGAGGUUUCAGGCAACUGCGUUGCCGUUUGAGAAACCACAG